AUGGAGGCUGAAUCCCCAACGUCGUAUGGUUACGCGUCGUGGCGGACCGCAGAAGGAGGCAGCCGCAGCCGCUUGUUUGGUGGUGCGGAAGACGCCGAAGAAGUCAAGUUGGAAGUGAGCCGGACGCGAUUGAGUUUCUCCAUGUUUGCGCCGGAAGGAGGAAAGACUCCAAUGAACAACAACAGCAAAGUCGCUCCUACAAAGUUGAUGAAGAUGCGGAAUCCAUUUGAUGGGUACCUAUCUAGUUCGGAGGAAGAUGACCAUGACGAUAACGAUACAUUGGAAUCUCCCAGCACGGGCAGCGGCAAAGAGAAUGAUCCAAUGACGGUUUCGUUUGCACCUGGCCGAGCUCCGGGCACACGACAAAAGAUGAACAAGAGACUCCAAAAGAUUGGCGACUAUGGACGCUACUCCCGCAACAAGAAAGACAACCACCAUGAUUCGGAUUCCAUGCUGACAUCCCCGUAUGUCUCUCCAUCGACCUACUUGACCAUGGACGGGCGCUGCGUGACUAGUGAAAACCCAUUCUCGCCCAUGAACACGGACGGAGUAGCCGCCAAGACUCCGACCAUGUUGGCCAUGCCCUCCUUUCCCAUGUCCUUUGACCUCAAAUCACCCGAAGAUGGUCCACCGACUCGUCAUCGACUCGAAAAACGCUACGCUUCCCCGCCCACUGUAGGAAAAGCACAACUACCACCACAAGACGUAUCGCAUCAAUCUUCCUUGGCCAGUAUGGAUACAUCGUUGGACUCUCCAGAUAAUGGUAUGGUGGACACACACAAGGUUCGACGUCUGGGAAUGGAUGGUGAUGUCCACUACCCCAAGCAACAAAGCAACAACAACAAUAAACGCACUGAUUUGUUUGUCGACACAAAGCCACGACGAUACUACAUGGCGGGAUCACCACCGAUUGAUGAAACGAGUCCUACGGAUGUACUGUCGUUUCCCCCGCCCACACCCGCCAAGUCACCCCCCAACAAGAAGAAUGCCCACUUGUCCACUCCUCCCGGAACUCCCAACAUUCGACGUCCCCAGCGACCGUUUCACGCCAAUCGCUAUCAUCAGGAUUGUGGUGGAGGAACUCCCGAUACCCAAGUCACCACUGCGACUACAACUACCACAUCCAGGUUUCGCUCCGAUUUUGACGUUAUUGAUGAAUUGGGAAAGGGUGCCUUUGGAGUCGUCUACAAAGUCCUGUCACGGUUGGAUGGCUGCAUGUAUGCCAUGAAGGUCAAUCUGCGCAGUGCCAAGGGAAACUCCGAGCGUAAACGCAUGCUCAAGGAGGUCUAUGCCCUGGCAGCCCUGUCGGAUCACGCCGACCCGGCAACCUUUCACAUUGUCCGGUAUCACCAAGCUUUCAUUGAAGACGAUCGACUCUACAUUCAGACGGAACUCUGUACUUGGAACCUGGCGAAUGAAAUUGAGAGCGCCAAUGGACACCUGCCCAUUGAAACACGCUGGAAACUGCUUCGAGAAAUGCUGUUGGCGCUGGAGUUCAUUCACAAACACGACAUGGUUCAUCUGGACAUCAAGCCCCAGAACAUUUUUGUCAAGAACGAUACUCCACCCGUCAACUUGUUUAAACUCGGAGAUUUCGGUUUGGUUUCCAAAGUGUCCCAAGACAAGAAGAAGGAAAUUGAAGAAGGCGAUUCACGGUACAUGUCCAUGGAAUUGCUCAUUGAAGAUCAUCGCGAUUUAAAAGCCAGUGAUAUUUUCUCCUUGGGGGCCACCUUGUACGAAAUUUGUCUGCGACGACCACUCCCCACCAAUGGGGCGGAAUGGCAAGCCAUUCGCCAAGGACAGUUGAUGCCCAUGAUGGAUACCCCCAUGGAAAUGGAUGCCAUUGUACGACAGAUGAUGCAUCCUACCUUUUCGGAACGACCCAGUGCUUCGGAUCUGCUGCGACGACCGCAGCUGAUGAGCAAAGAACAACGCAUGCUGAUUAAUGAACGCAACAAGCUCUUUCAAGCCAAAGCGGCACUGGCCCAACAAGUUCGAGACUUUCAGAAACUCUCUCCGCCACCGGCUGGCACAUUGGCGCGACGCAACACGUGGAGUGGUGGAUCCUUCUAG